CUAUCCAACAGGAUGUCAGAAGAACCUUGGACGGACGAUGAAGAAUACCCACUGGCCAGCGAAGAUGGAGACAGCCCCCCUGGCGACGGCCUCAUGCUCCAGGGUCCUCCCACUGGACUCGAAAAGAUAUACGACUACGAGCCCAACGGCCACCAUCCACUCCAUCUGGGCGACAUUUUAAACAAAAGAUACAAAAUUCUCCAUAAGCUUGGGAGCGGUGGUUAUGCUAACGUAUGGCUCUGCUGCGACGAAACCUACGAUAGUAGGGCCAGUAGCGGACCACGCUACCUCGCCGUGAAAGUCAUCAUGGCAGCCGCGUCUAAAUCGAGCUGCUCUGAGCUGCGAGUUAAUAAACUUAUCGCUAUGGGGAUUGCAGAAGAUGUUGCUGCAGAGCUCUUUUGUAUUCCGUUGGACCAGUUCAGCAUCGACGGGCCAAACGGCACACACCUGGCGUUUGUGUAUCCAUUGCUUGGUCCUCGGGUAUCGAGAUUAUUCAACAAGGCCGAAGAUGAGGAUUUCGAACACACUUUGAGGAAACUUGCAGCUCAAGUCACUCGCGGGAUGAGUGCUCUCCAUGCUCGUGGAAUCUGUCACGGAGACUUCCGACCUGCCAACAUCUUGACACGGAUCCAAAACCUCGACCAUCUCAGCGAAGCAGAACUUUUCGACCUGAUAGGAAUCCCAGAAAAAACCAACGUAACUACUGCUUCAAACACACCGCAUACCCUCCCGUCGGCCCCACAAUACCUGGUAUAUCCCAUAAUCUGGGAAGACAUCGCUCAAAGUUCCACCGCCGAGCCUAUCAUCACCGACAAAGCAUGCAUAAUAGACUUUGGCAACUCUUACAUGGUGGACGACCCCCCUCCCCAUCUCGGCAUCCCCCAGAUCUACUGCGCCCCCGAAUACACGAUUGAGAAGAAGAUCGGGAUAGGAAGCGAUCUAUGGGCACUAGGCUGCACUAUCUUCGAAAUCCGCACUGGGCGACGCCUCUUCGACACCUUUGACGACGACCCAGACGAAAACCUAUGGAAGAUCGCAAUGAUACUGGGACGAUAUCCAGAGCCCUGGUGGUCCGAAACGUGGACGGCGCGACGCAGUAUAUUUUUUGAUGAUGUGGAUGAGGAGGGGAAGGUUGUUGAUGUUUUAGCUGCUAAGCAGGGGGAGGAGGAGAAAGAUGCCAACGUGUGGCAGAAACCUUGGGCGAGGUCGCUGCAAGAAGAGAUCAAGGAGGGAUUGGUGUACAUGUUUCGGGAUAGACCUGGGGGAGUUGAAAGGGGGAUUUCGGGCAGCGAGGUUGAGUGUUUGGCGGAUUUGUUGGGCCGUUUGCUGAGGUAUGUUCCUGCUGAGCGAGUGGGUGCUGAAGAGGCUCUGAAGCAUGCUUGGUUUGAGUUGUGA